AAGACAUGUAAAUCGAAAAGAAGGAUCGUCAUCUUGGCAAAGCUCCAAUAGUAAAACGAAAACCAGUAGUCAUGGAUCUCUCUCCUGUUACCGAUGCUUUAGCCGUCAAGUCCUUUGACAAAAUCGCCGACAUCUGCGAUAGUCUCAUGCUCCAGGUUUCUGCGGAAGGAAUCUCAUUCCAGGAAGACUGGCCUUACGCUAUCCAUCUCCUCGCUUACUUCUUCGUUGACGAUUGUGAUAGUGCACGUUUCUUAUGGAAAACAAUACCUACGAGUGUGAAGGAGAGCAAGCCUGAAGUUGCUGCUGCUUGGAGGAUUGGUCAGAAGCUCUGGACACGUGACUAUGCUGGUGUCUAUGAAUCUAUCCGUGGUUUUGAUUGGAGUCAAGAUGCUAAAGAUAUGGUUGCCGCUUUCUCAGAUGUUUACACAAAAAGGAUGUUUCAGCUCUUGUUGUCUGCCUACUCGACAAUUACCAUCAGCGAUUUGGCUCUUUUCCUAGGCAUGACACAAGAUGAUGCCACUACUUAUGUUGUGGAGAAAGGAUGGACAGUGGAUGCAGCAUCUCAAAUGGUGACUGUGAAGAAGCAAGCGGUUCAAAGAGAGCAAAAGGUGGAUUCUUCGAAGCUGCAACGCUUGACAGAGUAUGUGUUCCACCUUGAACACUAAACUCUCUCCUAUUUUUAGAUAGCGGAAAACUGAAAAGACCAACCAAGAUUUUGUUUCAAAGAGACGGACGGCUCUAGUUUCAGUUUUUAAUGGGAGAUUUAUUUCACAACUGUUUUAACCCUGGUACUGAUAUGAGCAGCUGAUUUCGGUGUUAAAUUUUGAUCUUCCGCAUGCUAAAAGUAUAAUCAUCACAAAGACUCUUCUCAUCUA